GGGCGAAGGGAAGAGAAGGCGGCCAGGCUUGUAUUUCCUGCUCCGGGGGAAGCGAGAGCCUACCUAAGAAGAGGAUCGCUAAUAAACACACGAAACAGACACAGGGUAGGUCCCAGCUGAACCAUGGGGGAUGGGAGAAUCUACGUGGGGAACCUUCCAGCUGAUGUGCAGGAGCGUGACGUGGAGGAUCUCUUCUACAAGUAUGGGAAGAUCCGGGACAUUGAGCUGAAGAACAACAGGGGCACCAUCCCUUUCGCCUUCGUCCGAUUUGAGGACCCAAGGGACGCAGAGGAUGCAGUGCACGGCAGGAAUGGGUAUGGCUUUGGAGACUCAAAGCUGCGUGUGGAGUACCCACGUUCCUCAUCCUCUAAAUUCAAUGGCCCUAUGGCGGGAGGAGCUCCCCGGGGCAGGUUUGGACCCCCAUCUCGAAGAUCAGAGUUCCGGGUCAUAGUUACAGGUUUACCCCCCUCUGGGAGCUGGCAGGACCUGAAGGAUCACAUGAGGGAGGCUGGGGACGUGUGCUUUGCUGACGUGCAGCGUGAUGGGGAGGGUGUGGUGGAGUUCCUGCGCCGGGAGGAUAUGGAGUAUGCACUGCGCAGGCUGGACAGGACCGAGUUUCGAUCGCACCAGGGGGAGACGGCUUUUAUCAGAGUCCAUGGCGAGAGGAGUUCAAGCUGGGGCCGUUCCCGGUCCCGGUCUCGCUCCAGGUCUAGGGGUCGAUACUCCCCGUACCAGAGCCGGGGGUCUCCUCGAUACCAGUCCCCUCCGCCCAGGCGACGCUCUCUGUCCCGUCACAGUCCCCCCCCAGCCCGGCACCACUCCGCUCAGCGCAGCAGUCCCCCCCCACGCCACUACCGGUAAAGAGCAGAAGCAGGACGGCAGCAGCUGGAGGGGGGUUUUGUGUUUGUGGGAGGUUUUUUUUAUUUUUAUGGCUUUUUUUUUUUUUUUUUUUUUUUUUUUUUUUUUUUUUUCCUUUUUAAUUUUAUUUUUUGGGGGUGUGUCAGUAAUUUUACAUUCCACUGUCAGGAUUGUCACUCGGAGGCUCCAGUCGCUAUCCAGGAGCCAGAUAACUUUCCCCUUUGUUUGCUUCAAGGAGGUUGACUUGUGUGUCUAACAGAUUGCAUUGCUUUGACCUCUAUGGGUAUCCAGCGUUUUGGAAUGAGAUCCUUUUGACACUGCAGGUACUGUACCACUGCUUCUGAAAUGGACACAGGUAUGGUACACAGAACUCUUCCCCUCUUAGAAUCUGGCAUGGUCUCCUGGAUGGCAACUGUUGGUUCUGUCUCUAGACACUGAAGUGCUGUGUUAUAUUUUUUAGUUUUUUUUUUUUUUUUUUUCUUUUUAAAAAAAAAAAAAAAAAAAACAUUUAAUAUUUCGCAAGUUCUUUUAUUUGUACUAAAGAUACGUUUAGUGCGUGUAAGCAGCUUUUCAAUUUCCAAUAAACAGAGUACAGCGGUCUGUUUCGUAUCUGCACCACAGUAAGGGUGGAUAUGUAAAAAGUCAGAUAAAUGAAUCCUGUUUUAAAUACCAUUAUACAUAACUGUAACAAUUAAUAUAUUCACACAAUUGUUUUGAGAUUCAGCUAUUAUUAGGGAGCUCCCUUAAAUCCCUUCUUUAGAAAGGUACAGGCUAUUAAUGCUUGUGACGAGGCAGCCGUCUGCCGUGCGUGUGCGUGCAUUCACUGCUGAGUGACGGGCAGGAGAGCGAGACGGGGGUUGAAGUUGAUAAGCCCCCUGCUACCCCGCUGGAACACACCUACCUGCUGAUUAGAUUCCACACCUAGCAAUCGCACAGAACAGACAGGCUCUCCCAGGAGGGUCGGGUACUUCAUUAAUUCCAAUAAACACACUCUAUCGAAGGGCUGCUGCCCUACCGCCGUGUUGAAUACAUUUACAUUAGGGUUGGGUAAUUUACACAGCAGCAAAAUGCAAUGGUUUACGACAAGGAAAAAACAACCUGCUUUCUCUUGUAGUCAUGUUGCACUAGCGCUGCACACGUGCGUGACGUUGCUGAAGAGCGUGAUCACGGCUGAUGCAUGGUUAGGGUGGAUAUGGGAUGGGCAGAUACACGGAGCAUUACUGUACAAGUGAUGUGCUUUCUGAUAAAAUCUGUUUAGAUAAACAGCUAGGGUUGUGUGUGAAGCACUUUCAGUUUUUAGUUAUUUUUAAAGAUUCAUCACACAAGUUGGCAUUUAUCAAUUACUUUUUUUUUUUUUUUU